GCUCGGAUGCUCGCGGGUCCCUCCGACCCUCCCGGCCAGCCCAGAAGAGGCGGAGGAGACGACCACCGGCCCAGCCACCCUUUGGGACGGAGCCCCCCACCCCACCCGGACCCCAACCGCCGGAGGAAAGUGGGAACGCCCCAGGAGCGGACUUCUGCUUUCUGUCUUCCAAUAGGCGCAGGUAUUCCGCUCUUCUCCUUCCCGGGUGGGAUGCUGUCAAGCUGCUAGUCCUCAGUGAGGAGCUCUCCCACUAGGAGUCCGUUUUCUUGCUGCUUCUGACUCUCCGGCUGCUGCUUUCUUGACCUUUCUCCAAGCUCUCCUCUGGACAACAGAAGCAGCUUGGGGGGCUCCCUCCCCCUCCAGGUUCCUGGCAGGGUGGUCUCCCCCCCCCCCAUCGUGCCAAUGUGCCCGACUCGGAGCCCCGGCUUCCCUGGCAGCCUGCCCCGCCAGUGCAGCAACCUCACCGCCCUGCAGACGGACAGCAACCCCACCCUCAGCUCCUUCAUGUUUGCGGCCGGGGUGGUGGGUAACUUGGCAGCCUUGGCCAUUCUGGGCGUCCACCAGAAAGAACAGAGAGCCAAGACCUCGUCUUUCUGCAUCCUGGUGACCGGCUUGGUGGUCACGGACCUGGCGGGCACCUGCGUGGUCUCCCCUCUGGUCUUCAUAGCCUACUCCUGCAACUCCACGCUGGUGGGCAUGGCGGGGGGCCGGGACUGGCUGUGCAACCUCUUCGCCUUCUCCAUGAUGUACUUCAGCCUGGCCGCCAUGUUUCUCCUCUGCGCCAUGGCGGUGGAGCGGUGCCUGGCCAUCAGCUACCCCUACGUCUACUCGCAGCACCCCGUCCGGCGGUGGGUCAAGCUCUGCCUGCCCCUCACCUACGUCUUCAGCGGCCUCUUCUGCGCCCUGCCCUUCCUGAAGGUGGGCAAGUUUAAGCAGUACUGCCCGGGCACCUGGUGCUUCGUCGAGAUGGACAAGGAUAUGGUGGUGGGCUACAGGGACGUGGCCUUCUCCCUGUCCUACGCCACCGUCAUGGCCCUCCUAAUCGUGGCCAUCUUCCUCUGCAACGGCCUGGUCAUCGUCAGCCUCUGCCAGAUGUACCAAAAACAGAGGCAUCGCCGGAGGGGGUCCCUGGGCACCAGCCAGCGCCGGAAGAAGAGCUGGUUCAGCCGAGGGGAGGAGGAGGUGGACUAUCUGAUCUUCCUCGCUCUCAUGACGGUCAUCUUCGUCAUCUGCACGUUGCCCCUCACGAUCCGAGCCUACAUCGGUGGCAUCAAUCCGGACCACAACGAGGCGUCCGACAUGGUGGCCUUCCGCCUGAGUGCGCUCAACCCCAUCGUGGACCCGUGGCUCUUCAUCAUCUUCCGCCACGCCGUCUUCCGCAGCCUCCGCCAAAUCUUCUGCUACCGGCUCAGCUGGCCCUGCUGGUCUCGCCCACCCAAAGGGACGGCCACGCUGCGGAUUCAGGAGAGCCAAGCCCAGUCGGUCUGCUGAGACGCCCCCCCUGCUGCUCAAACAUGAUGGAAUGCGGGGCUCCGUGGCAGGGGGGGGAAGGGGGCCAGUGAGGAAGGGCCUGGGGAGGCGGGCGGGAAGGGCCCCCCUCCACCAUCCCCGAGGGAGUCCAAGAACCGACAGGGACAGAAGGACCGUCUCCUUGGGAAAAGCGGAUUGGGGAAGGAUGACCGCGUUGGAAGGGACCUUGGAGGUCUUCUAACCCACGUUGAGAAACGUUGAGGACAUCUGAGGAGGCUUCGGGUGCAGGAGAAGGGAAGGUCCAUUCUGCCUCCAAAUGGGGAUAAAUUGGAGGGAGGGGACGGGGAGAAACACAAGGGAACCACCUGGGGUUUCCUUGAUACCUCGUGGGCUCCAAAGCCCUUCUCUGGCUUCAGGUGUGAGUAGUGAUGCUCACUUUUUGGGGUACCACUUCAGGCAGGACGCUGCUGGUCGCAGGGAAGAGAUCCAGAGAACUUGGAUGGGUUUUGAAGACCUAA